AUGGCUCCUUCUAGCGUUCAAGACCUGUUCGAUGCCGAGCCAAUGACUGCCACCAAGGUCCAGAAUGGCUCAGUUGCCGCUGUCAGCUAUCACAAGGGGAACUUCGAAAUCUUCCGCCGGCUGGUUCUUCUAGCAUCUGAUGGCAAGAUAACACAUCUUAACGCCGGCUUCAUGCCCCCGUCAAACCUCAUCGUGGACGAAGCCAUCCGCCGCUUCUGCUCGGAAUCUCUUCACCAUCCAUCGCCCAAAGCUUGCUGGCGCCAAGACGUCGAGGACGUCCGUCAACUCUUGGCUCGGUAUAUCAACACGGAUACAUCAUCAAUAGCCUUUGUCCGCGACACGACAGAGGGCCUCGGAAGCUUCAUCCACGGGCUGAAGUUUGAGCCUGGAGAUAACGUAGUCAUUCUGGACUGCGAGCACCCGAACCAGGCAUUCGGCUGGAUGGCACUUCGUCCUCUCGGCUUGGAGGUCCGCCUUGUCCCGACGGAUCCCGGAAGACCUGUCGCCGCCAAUGCGAAAACCUUCGCGCCCUAUGUCGACGACAGGACAAAAGCCAUUGGCUUAAGCUCAAUCAUGUUCCAUAGUGGACAGUGGAACGAUAUCGCAGAUGUUUGCUCUGUGUACAGACCCAUGGGUAUCCAUGUCCUUGCAGAUUUAACCCAGCAAGUCGGGUUCGCGGACGUGGACGUCCAGGCUCUCGGCGUCUCAGCAGCUGCUUUCAGCUUACACAAGGGGCUCAACACACCAACAGGCUUCGCAGCCCUCUAUGUCGAUUCAGCCGUCAUCGAAGAACUUGACCCAACGCCUCCACUUGUUGGCUACGGAGGAGUAGCCAGCGUGAGCGACUCAGAAGACUUCAUGAUUCCGGAGGGACCGAUCGUCUUCCAUCAGACGGCUCGCCGAUAUGAGCACGCUAAUAUGAGCUUCAUCUCGGCUGUUGCAGCUCGGGCAUUCCUUCAGUUUUAUCUCGACGUAAUGCAGCCUAAGAAUGUCGAGAAUCAUCUUUAUGCUCUUGGAGAUGCUUUACGCGAGUCCUGCGCUGAGCUCGGUGUCAGCGUCUUGGGGCCGAAGGAGAGGAGGCAACAUGCGCCGCAUCUUCAUGUCCUUCAGCUUCAUGAUCCUCGUUGGCUUGAACAUUUGACCGCUUCCGGAGUGGUUGUGACGAGGCUUAGGUCAGGAAUCAGGGUGUCGUUUGGGUUCUACAAUAACUUGAGUGACGUGGACAGACUGGUAUCGGCUCUCAAGUCAGGAAUUGCAUUGGGCAUCUCUUCAAGUUCCGUCUUCACAGACGAACCAUGCCAGAACUGCGUCACCUCCAAGACCGCAUGCGAGUACCGCGAGGUCGACCGCAAGAGAGUCCCCGUCUCACAUGAAUACGUCGCCAGCCUGGAAAGCCGCCUCUCCUGGUUCGAGUCAUUCGUCAAGAACCUACGGGCCGCAUUUCCCGAGCAGCGGGAGGAGAUGCUCAAGUCAACCGCCUUGGACGACAACUCGCCCAGAAGUGAGACGCAAGCCCCUGGAGAGUACAUUACCCAGCUCGGAAUCCACGCAGGCAACCAAGCCAAUCUCGAACUCGGGCUGGAGGGCUCGCUGGUCUACCACGGCGCGACGAGCAUCUUCCGCGCCGAAGCAGAGCACGGGCAGAAGGACGUCACCGAUCGCGUUGGUCAGGGUUACUACGACGGCGUCGAGUCGAAUUUUGAGAGCGUCAUGGAGCAUUUCGGGAUCGGCAUGCAUGAUGAAGUCGUCAUGAAGUCGUUAACGCAGUUUUUCCGGUGGCAGUACCCUCACUUCAUGUUCAUCUACCGGGAGGCCUUCCUGAGGGACCACUUUGGGGAUAGGAAGAACGGAAAGUACUGGUCUUCGGCGCUGUUACUGUCCAUAUGCGCGCUGGGAGCUCUUGUGUCGCUUGACACGAAGGAGUCGAGCGAUCAGUUCUUUCUGGCGGCGGAGAGCAUUAUCAUGGUGACUGGUCUGACGCGGCCAUCCGUCGCAACCGUCCAGGCGUUUCUUUGUCUGGCCUUCUAUGAGAUUGGAAGGGGCAAUCUGUCAAAAGGAUGGGGUUAUUCAGGCAUUGCCUUCAGAAUGGCGCAAGACCUGGGUUUCCAAAGAGACCCCAAAGACUGGGUCCAGCACGACUCUUCACUGGCUACCCCCGAAGAUGUCGAGAUCCGGAGACGCAUCUACUGGGGCUGCUACAUCUCCGACAAGCUAAUUAGUCUCAUCCUCGGCCGGCCGGUGUACCUCGUCUACGACGAAGCGGAAGUGCAGCCCAUGGAGACUCUGCCUGAACCGCCCGAAAUGGCAUCGUGGCGACCAGUCGGCUUCGGUGACGAAGACACCCAGUCAUCAAAGGCAACUUCCAUGAUUCCAUACCUCCACGAGCAGAUCCGUCUGUCGCGGAUUAUUGAGCGCAUGAUGACGACCCUGUUUAGCCCUCGUUCGCAUCUAGACGACAUCAGCCGCCGGCUAUGUUUCGACAACCUCAACCUCGAGCUGAACCACUGGCGGGAAUCUCUCCCCGACUUUGCGAACCUUCUUUUCCACAGCGCCCGCAUCGCUUUAAACUACGAUCAGGCAAUCGCGACACGCGGCAGCGAGUCAGAGGAGAGGUCGCGGGUGUACUGCAGCACGUCAGCAACCGACGUGACGUCGCUCUUGCGCACCUACCGGACCCAGUAUGGCCUGCAACACGCGCCUCUUGUGUUCGUGUACGGCGCGGUGCAAGCGUGCCGCUCGGCAAAGGCCUUUGGGAUCGCGGAGGAGUUGCAGUAUCUGAACCAGACACUUGGAGAGUUGUCAUCGAUCUGGGGCCUUUCUCGGGAGGUUCUCCGGCGCCUGGGUUGA